UCCUUCGGCAGAGAUGGCUGCGGCCGUGGUUGGGAUGCUGCGAGGGGGUCUCCUGCCCCAGACGGGCCGGCUCCCCACCUGCCAGACUGUACGCCAUGGCUCCAGGGCCGUUACCCGGCAUCACCGGGUGAUGCACUUUCAGCGGCAGAAGCUGAUGGCUUUGACUGAGUAUGUACCCCCAAAACCAGCCAUCAACCCAAGAUGUCUGCCACGUCCUCCCAAGCCUCCCCAGCAGGAGACAGGUCUCAUCAGGCUUCUCCGGCGGGAGAUAGCAGCUGUUUUCCAAGAUAACCGAAUGAUAGCUGUCUGCCAGAAUGUGGCUCUGAGUGCAGAGGACAAGCUCCAUUUAAGGCACCGGCUGCGCAAACAGAAGAUCUUGAUGAAGGUCUUCCCCAACCAGGUCAUGAAGCUCUUCUUGGAAGAGUCCAAGUACAGAAACCUGCUGCCCCUUUUUGUAGGGCACAACCUACUGCUGGUCAGUGAAGAGCCCAAGGUCAAGGAGUUGGUACGAAUCUUGAAGAGUAUGCCUUUCCUGCCACUACUAGGUGGCUGCGUUGACGACACUAUCCUCAGCAAGCAGGGCUUCAUCAACUACUCCAAACUUCCUAGCCUAGACCUAGUGCAAGGUCAGCUAGUUGGAGGACUCAGCUUCCUAAUGGCCCAGACCCACUCCCUGCUUCAACACCAGCCCCUCCAGUUGACCACCCUGUUGGAUCAGUACAUCAGACAGCAGCAUGAAGAGGACUCUGUCAAGCCAGCCAAUGAGAAGGUGGAUCCUCCUGAAUCUAUUCCGGACUCAUAG